GUCUACGUACGCCUCCUCACCAUCACGAUCCACACGCACACAACAAGCACAACAACAACGACAACGACAACGACAACAACAAAAACAACAGCCUCACGUACCCUGGGACCGGUAUAUCACUUAGGCGACUGAAUUGCGCCCACGACGACCACGCUCCUGCCUUCGCUUUUGACCCCGUUCAAAUCCACUACCUACCUUACAUACUUCAUUCUCUCCGCUCGAGAGCGACACACGCCCGCGCUAUCAUGGCCGGGUACGCGAGCGAAACUGCGCCUGGCGCCGAGCAGGGAAGGCAGCACCAGUCGACGACACCUGCACCAAAGCGCAACAACCGCGGGCGCAAGAACAACCAGCCCACUGUGCAGGCGGAUGGCGCAAUGUCCGAUGGCGCGCUCAUCAACCCAGCGCCUUCUCCGCGACCGAAGAAAACGAAACAACGACAAAGUGCUGCGACAGCGCCAGCACAACAGCAACACGAAAACAUGGGCCAAGGCAAUGUGCGGAGAGCCCGGCCAGUCUCGUAUGCAGGUGGCAGAAUACCAGCGACGCCUGCCAAAGAACAAGCAUAUGCUGGACCUACAUUUCAGGCAUCACCGGCAGCCUCUGCCCUACCUAUGCCCAAGUUCUCCAAAUCAGUUCCAAACGCGGGUAUGCGAGGGAGCCUGUCGGCGAGGUUGGCAGCAGAAAAGAAGUCAGAUGCAGAGCAGUCGUCUCCAGAGACAGAUGUCGCAGCGCCUGCUCCACCUCCACAAGAAACGAUGAACUCUCCUUUGGACCUGUUCUUCAAGGCGGAUCGAGAAGAGAAGGCAAGAAGUGGGAGUGAGUCACUGUCUCCACAAAUGGCAAGGAGGUCUCAGCCGCCUGCGACUGAGCCUCGGAAUGCAUUUGGCCCGAAACGACAGAACGUUUUCCUGAAUGAUAUCAAUGGAGACUCGGACAUGCCCAGCCCACGGACGGUACCUACGAACAAUCAUCGACCGUACCUGGAACACAGGGCUGCGUCGUCUCCUGGUGCUCCGCAACACACUGCCGACUUUGGCGAAGAGGAGCGACGCGCCAACACUCAGUUUCUGAAGAACAUGUUAUUCUCUGCCGCGACUCGUCCCACGAAGACGCCAAACUCCUCCCAAGUGCGAACUGCAUCAUCUGGCUCUGCGACCCCAAAUGGUCACUUCAACUCUCCAUCGCCGUUCAAUCAGCCCGGAUCACAGUCCCGGCAUAGCGUUGGGCCCAUGACUCCACUGCCAACCUUUGAGCAACAGCAAGACAACAGCUCCUUGCACUAUGGAAAUAGAAAUCUCUCGCCGUUAUUCAAGGCCUCUCGCUCCGAGACGCCUCCGCGAUCUUCAUCACUUCGUCAAGAGGUAGCCAGCGACGCCGACUCUGGAGUAGCAAUCGGGGACUCGUAUAGUCCCACUACUUAUGCUCGCAAUUAUCUCCACCAAACGGCGAACACCGCGGGUCCGGUGGAAAUGCCUCAGCUUCCUUUCAACAACCAUCCUGCUUCUUUCUGUGGGCCUUCGAUUGGUUCUUCUACGCAACCCAUUAAUGCACAGCACGGCGUGCCCGCGCAAGCCGCGAGCACCAAUAAAGAAGAAAAUCAUGAAAUCUAA